AUGACGGGGCUGGAGGACCCGGAGUUCGACUUCGAUUUCCUCUUCGAGUUUAACCAGAGCGGCGAGGGCGCCACGGCCGCCCCAGAGCACUACAGCUAUGACCCCGCCGGCCUCGGGGCCGGGCUGCCGCUGCCCGCCCUGUCCGCCCCCGGCCACGACCUGCAGGCCCCCGCCGCUGGCCUCUCGGCCGGCCACCCCGCGGGCUACGGCGGUGCGGUGGACAGCGGGCCCCCCAGCUACUUCCUCCCCGCCGGCCACACCAGGCCCAACGGCGCCCCGGCCCUGGAGAGCCCCCGCAUCGAAAUCACCCCCUACCUGGGGCUGCACCACCACGGCCCCUUCUUCCCGGAGGCAGAGGUGGAGGACGUCGCCCCCCACGCCAGGCGCUCGCCGUCCACCGCCACGCUGGGCCUGCCCCACCUGGAGGCCUACCGCGACCCCGCGUGCCUGAGCCCGGCCAGCAGCCUGUCCUCCCGGAGCUGCAACUCCGAGGCCUCGUCCUACGAGUCCAGCUGCUCCUACACCUACGCGUCCCCCCAGACGUCCCCCUGGCAGUCUCCCUGCGUGUCCCCCAAGGCCACGGACCCCGAGGAGGGCUUCCCCCGCGGCCUGGGCGCCUGCGGCCUGCUGGGCUCCCCCAGGCCCUCGCCCUCCGCCUCGCCCCGCGCCAGCGUCACCGAGGAGAGCUGGCUGGGCGGCCGCUCGCCCCGGCCCUCCUCGCCCGGCAACAAGAGGAAGUACGGCCUGGACGGCCGGCAGCUGCCCUGCUCCCCCCAGCCCUCGCCCGCGCCGUCCCCCCGCGGCUCCCCGCGGGUCAGCGUGACGGACGACAGCUGGCUGGGCGACUCCACGCGCUUCACCAGCUCCGCCAUCGUGGCCGCCAUCAACGCCCUGAGCACCGACGGCGGCCUGGACCUGGGCGAGGGCGUCCCCGUCAAGGCCCGCAAGACCGGCCUGGGCCACGUGCCCUCGGGCGCGCUCAAGACGGAGCCAGCGGGCGAGGACCUGGGCACCCCGCCGCCCCCGGCCGAGUUCCCGCCCGAGGAGUUCCCCGCCUUCCAGCACAUCCGCAAGGGCGCCUUCUGCGAGCAGUACCUGUCAGUGCCGCAGCACCCCUACCCCUGGGCCCGGCCCCGGUCCCCCGCGGCCUACGCCAGCCCGUCCCUGCCCGCCCUGGACUGGCAGCUGCCCUCGCACUCGGGGCCCUACGAGCUGCGGAUCGAGGUGCAGCCCAAGUCGCACCACAGAGCCCACUACGAGACGGAGGGCAGCCGGGGGGCCGUGAAGGCGUCGGCCGGAGGACACCCCAGCGUGCAGCUGCACGGCUACGUGGACAGCGAGCCACUCACGCUGCAGCUGUUCAUCGGGACGGCGGAUGACCGGCUGCUGCGGCCGCACGCCUUCUACCAGGUGCACCGCAUCACGGGGAAGACCGUGUCCACCACCAGCCACGAGGCCCUCCUCUCCAACACCAAGGUCCUGGAGAUCCCGCUGCUGCCGGAGAACAGCAUGCGAGCCAUCAUCGACUGCGCGGGGAUCCUGAAGCUGCGGAACUCGGACAUCGAGCUGCGCAAGGGCGAGACCGACAUCGGGCGCAAGAACACGCGCGUGCGGCUGGUCUUCCGCGUGCACAUCCCGCAGCCCGGCGGCCGCGCGCUGUCGCUGCAGGUGGCCUCGAACCCCAUCGAGUGCUCCCAGCGCUCGGCCCAGGAGCUGCCCCUGGUGGACAAGCAGAGCGUGGUCAGCGGGCCCGUGCUGGGCGGGAAGAAGAUGGUGCUGUCGGGCCACAACUUCCUGCAGGACUCCAAGGUGGUCUUCGUGGAGAAGGCGCCAGAUGGCCACCACGUAUGGGAAAUGGAGGCGAAGACUGACAGGGAGCUGUGUAAGGCGAACUCCCUGGUGGUAGAGAUCCCGCCCUUCCGCAAUCAAAGGAUCACCAGCCCGGUGCAGGUCAGCUUCUACGUGUGCAACGGGAAGCGGAAACGGAGCCAGUGCCAGCACUUCACCUACCUGCCCGCCCACGUCCCGGUCAUAAAGACGGAGCCGGCCGACGAGUACGAGCCUGUCCUACCCCACGGACCCGCGAGCCAGGGCCUGAGCCCGCCCCUGAGGCCCUGCUACGGCCAGCCGCUGGCCCUGCUGCCCGAGCCAGGCGCCUGCCUGCUGCCCGGCUUCCCGCCCUGCCCCCAGCGCAGUGCCCUGGCCCCGCCGCCGCCCAGCGCCAGCCCGCAGCUGCACGACCUGUCACCCGCCACCUGCACGGGCGCCGCCAGCCCCGGCCACUGCCACCUCGGACUGCAGCCGCCGGCCCCGGACACCCACCCCGGCUCACCCCAGCCGCCCCCCGCCCUGCUGCAGCCCCAGUAAACGAGAUAAUACGCAACGACCUCUCCAGCGCG